CCGCGCUUGGUCCGGCGCUGGGCCCGGUGUCGGGUGAUGGCGGCCGCGGUGGGGAAGACGGAGGCGGCGGCGGCUGAGGCUGAGGCUGGCGGCGAGGUGGAGGCCCCGGUCCCCACCAGCUCGCAGGCGCUGCCCCCCACCGACGCGCCCACGCUGUCAGACGUGUUCGAGAACGGCUGGCGGAUGCACGACGAGGUGGAGAGCAGCAACGAGUCGUCCAACUCGGACACCGUGCAGCGCAGGGUGCGGCGCGGCGUGGAGCUGCUGGAGCAGGCCACACAUAUGGUCAACCAGCUCGACCUCUUCAGUCGAAAUGAAGAGUUAGAAGAAAUUGCCACAGCCGAUGUUAAGUACCUGUUGCUGCCUGUGUUACUGGGAGCUCUUACAAUGAAACUAGGGAAUACUGCAAAGCGGCUUGAGCAUAUACAAAAGGCCCAGGUCUAUUACAUGGACUUCCUGCAGCGUUGCAAAGAUUAUAAAAUUAUGACGUUUGAGUUCCCCCAAACGAAGGAAAGUGAAGAAGACAGGAACAAAGCAAGCGUUAAUCCCAGUGCACCAACAGUAUCAAACCAAUCCAAUUUACUCUCCAUGGCAUCAAGACGACAGGCUAAAAUUGAAAGGUACAACAUGAAGAAAGAAACUGAAGCCAAAUUGAAAGAGAUCAAAGCUGUGAUCCACAGUGGAAAAGCAGAUGAUGAGCAGACAAGGAGGUUUUAUUUAUUACAUUUACAGAAGUGGAUAAACACUAGCCUGGAAGAGAUUGACAGCAUAAAUCAAGAAACUGAAAUUUUAAAAAGAAUGGUGGACUCUAAACCUCACACUGCUCGGCCACCGAGACCUCCAAUGCAACCUUUUAUCCUUACUCGAAACGCAGCUGAAGCCAAGGUAUUUGGUCUUGGUUACCCAAGUCUUGCUACCAUGACUGUCGAUGAUUGGUACGAGCAGCAUAAGAAGCAGGGAGUUCUUCCUGAUCAGGGAGUUCCAAAAAGUUGUCCAGCUGCCCAGGAAAAUGAAGAACAAGAGGCUGAAGAUGACAAUGAUGAUGAUGAUGAUGAUGAGCAAGCCGUGAGAAAUGCACGCGAGAAGGAUGACUGGAAGGAUACGCACAGGCGCGGGUAUGGCAACAGGCACAACAUGGGUUAGUUCUUCCGCUUGGGCCACACUUCCAAGUUUCACCAUUCGUAUAGGAGCCUUUGAAAGUGUACCAAGAGAUGGAACAAGCGCCAAUAUCAAGGCAGAUGCGUCAGCCAUGCAGUGUGAGCCCCCUCUCUGUCUGCGGGGUCAUCAUUGGUUUCUGAGUUGUCAAUGAUUGCAUUGUUGGGAAUGCCCUUAACAAAAAAAAAAUUCAGCUGCACUUGUUGCAAAGGCAUUUAAAACCUGCAUUCUUUUUUUUGGCGUAUGGUAAAAUGAUGAAUGGUUGGGUUGCAUUGAGAGUGGGAAAAGGUGAUCCUGUGCACAGAUGUAUAGUUCCACCUCUUGAGUAAAAAAAACAAAAGCAAUUGCCUUCAGCGUGGCAAUUACAUAGAGUAACAUUUCUGAAUUUAGUAUUAAGCAGCGUCUGGCAAUCCCAAAUUGAAACUCCUGCAUGUUAUUCCCAUUCUUCAAAUCAGGAGUUCAGAUUUUGUAGCCAACUUUCUUUAACGUUGGUUAACAAAUAAGCUGCAAAACGUGCAUUUCUGAGCUGUAUUUAUUCGCUGAAUUAACUGUUUUUUGUCGUCCGAAUUCCUGUAAUCUGUGAGAAUGUUAAGUAUCAUAGAAAAUGUUUUUUUUUCUGCAUCAUAAUCCUUAUUUUAAAAGGACUGUUUUCUCAUGUUGUGAACUGCAAGUUGCCAAAUAAAGAAAACUUUAAGUCUU